AUGGAUACUGGCGCGGAUGUUUGUGCUUCGACGCCAACAGCAUCAGGAAGGUCUCAACCGAUUGCCAUUCUUCAGUCUAGGGUUGACGAGCUUUGUUCUCAACUCUUCUCGUUCAGCAAGACGCGUCGAACAGCUGACCUUGAUUGCGGCGACAUAUUUCCAGUGAACGCUGCGAAAGCGGUUUUCACUGCUGAAAACUUCGAGGAAUGUGUGUGGGCUUACUUUACGGUCUUUCACCCACAACAACCGCUUCUUCAUUGGCCCACGUUCGAUAUGCAUAGUGUCUCGCUGCCACUUUUGCUUGCCGUCGUUUUUGGCGGAUCGGUUCACUGUUCUCCAACGGAUGGCGCAUUGUCCUGUCGUGCCUUCUUUGAUUUUGGUGAAGAGUUCAUAUUCGAGCAACUGCGCCAUAUAGUAGCAGCGAAACCUGAUCUACAUAGCGAUCCUCAUGCAAUGGAAAGCGUACAAGCCGGUUUACUUAUUGUGGCUUUACAAAGUAGCUUCAAUAGCGAGGCAGUUCGCAGAAGGGUUCGGGUCUCAAGGCACCCAGAGCUGACCGUUGCCAUACGGUCCCUUAGGUUGCUCGAUCCGAUGAUCCAUUCAAGUCAUCAAAACAAGGUGCCCGACUGGGAUGCAUUCAUCGCAGAAGAGUCUAGAGUAAGGAUCGUACACUUCAUGUGCGUCAUGGAUUACAUGAAUACCUUCUUCUUCAAUCUGCUUCCGAAUCUGGCUAUAGGAGAAAUUUACCAACGACUUCCGUGCAAUGACGCGCUUUACGAUGCUUGGACACAAAAAGAGUACGAGCGGUUAUGCGUAGAAUCAUUGCGCCCAACGAAGCAGAUACCUAGUAUCAAGCAGCUGGUAGCUUUGCUGAUGAGCGAGAACUGGUGGGACGAGCAGAAGAAUCCGCUUCUCAGCAUACUCGAGCUCAGGCACCUUAUGAUCUGCGUAUUCGCACUGCAUUCCAUCAUCUUCGUAUCGCGAGCUGCGCUUCUGACGCCGUCGUCAUAUCGCGACUUACUUCGCGCAACGAAGCGCUGGAAAGAGCUUUGGGACACUUUGCAUACAAAACAUGAGGCAGAGCGUGAGAAGUCGUUGGGCUUCGUCAAACAUGGUCUGGAGAUGUGGUGGGUUACAUGUAAAGUUCUUGAGUUGGCACAUGCUGGUGACUCGCAGAGUCGCUACAUGGAAGUUAGCCCUACGGACUCGCUGAUAGAGCUGCAUAGUUUUCUCAAACAGUAUGGGAACUGUGUGGACGGGUAA